AAAUUGCACUAAAUGGCAUUCCCAGAGUCAAUACAGAAAUCAACUCGGUCUUCAACUCCAGCCAAUGGAAUGGAAAGCAGCCAAAUAGCCGUAUCCCCCAAAUCGAAUCAUGUAAGCUCCGUAAUGCUUUAUGGUAUACCCAUAGUAUCCCUGUACAUUGAAGGUCAAGAGCGCCUGUGCUUGGCCCAGAUUUCAAACACACUUUUGAAACAGUUCAGCUAUAAUGAGAUCCACAAUCGACGCGUGGCACUGGGUAUAACGUGCGUGCAGUGCACGCCCGUCCAACUAGAGAUACUACGCAGAGCUGGUGCUAUGCCCGUUAGUUCCCGACGCUGCGGGAUGAUAACGCGGCGAGAGGCGGAACGGCUAUGCAAGAGCUUUCUGGGUGAUAAUACACCGCCUCGGCUGCCCGAUGAUUUUGCAUUUAGCGUACAGCACAAAUGCGCGUGGGGCUGUCGCGGAUCGUUUCUGCCCGCACGCUAUAAUUCGUCGCGUGCGAAGUGCAUUAAGUGCAGCUAUUGUGGAAUGUUCUUCUCGCCAAAUAAAUUCAUUUUCCACUCGCAUCGCAUUACCACCAACGAUCGAUAUGUACAGCCGGAUGCAGCUAACUUCAAUUCCUGGCGUCGUCAUAUGACUUUGACUGGCCACAGUCAUGAUGAGAAGAUAAUUCACGCUUGGGAAGAUGUUAAGGCAAUGUUUAAUGGUGGCACUAGGAAGAGGCUUGUAAGCUGCAAUAACAACAACAAUAACAAUAACAACAACAGUAGCCGCAGUAAUAGCGGUAACACCAAUUGCAAUCCAAAUCAAAAUUCACCAGCAACUGAUCAAACACCAAUCCACAAUUCGUCGUCCAUUAGCCGCGAGACGAAAACGACCCUUGAAGAAACACUUUGCACUACCACGACGAUGUCGAAACGACCUAUGAAUCAGCAAUAUAACUAUAGCACAGUAGCAGCUGCGGCUGCGGCAGCUGUUGUUGGUGUUGGCGUUGGUGUAACAGCAGUUGCUGGCUUCAAUCUGCAUCGGUCAACUGUAUUAUCGCCACUGCAGUCGCUCCGCAACGAGCACGAUUUAUCAAUAGUGCCGCUGUCACGAAACUUUGUUGUUGACUAUACGAUGUGGCACCAGCAGCAACAACAGCAACAACAGCAACAGCAGCAGCAGCAGCAGCAGCAGCAGCAGCAACAAAGUCAAUCAUUAAAAAAGUUGAAUAGUAACGAUGCCAUAAAUGAGUCUUGUCCAUGGAUCAGAACCGACUUAAGCAAUCUGCAACAACCAUUAAAUGAGAUUAAAAAUGAGCCACGCACAUCGGCCAACUAUCGCAAAGUUCAUGAUGAGCCCACGGACUUCAAUAUACCAUCAAUAUUAAGUUGUUCAGCUUUUAAACCAGUUGUCGCCUCGACUGCAAUUAUGUCAACUUCGCUGUAUGCAACGCGAUCAAAUGAUUCGAUUAACAAUGUUUACAUAAGUCCAACGCAAACAACUACUGUAUUCACACACAACAGCAUUACAACUGAAAGUUUGCCAACAGGUGCAAUAAUUAAUUCAACAUCAGCUGCACAAAUAGAGCAGUUGAACGAAAAUAAUGUCAAUCGUCAGAUGAGAGCCGUAGAGCCAGUGUAUACUAGAAAUACAGAUGAAGAUAACGAUAAUGAUGAUGAUAAUGAUCCCGAUAAAUAUCAUGAUAGCCAUAAUGGGCAUGUUGCCGAUGAUGAUGACGAAGUUGUCGACAUUGAGACGACAGAAGAUGAUACUUUAAUCGUAAAUGAAUCAAUUAACAUUUGCCCUGAUGAUAUAAGCUCGCUCAGUACAACCCAAUCCCAAACACACUCCCUUUCACAUUCAGAAUCAGUAAGCCCCAACGACGAUGUUGAUGUCGAUGGCACUACAACCGAUGUUGAAGAUGAAAUUGAUUACAAAUCAAACAGUUGCUCAAAUUUUCAUCUUCACAACCAUGAAAUAUAUAAGCUAACAUCUAUGUCCAGAAACGCUGACAUAAAAAAAAAUGCUGAGAAUUCAAGUGGGUUCAAUGGACUGAAGAGAUUGUCGCGCCGCAAGUACUCAAUGAGCCAACAACGUCAAUUUUUCAAAAAGAAUUUGUCGAAAAUUGAUAACGAUAAGAUAUUUUGUGGACAAUCUAGCCUGCAUAAUGUACCACAGCGAGUUACGUUCCCAGUAUUUUUUAGAUCCCAUUUGAGCUCAUUUCGAAAUCGCCAAAACCAAAACCAACACCAAAGACCACCGAGCCCCUUUAAUACGCAUAGAACAUUAUAUUGUUGUGAUUCUACAGCGCGAUCAAUUGAAAAUGGCAUCGAAUAA